AUGGAGACUGCUCCGGCCAAGGUCGUCAAGAAGCGCAUUCGAAAGCCCCGGGGUCGCGGUCUGCGCACGAAUACUGGCUGCCUGACCUGCCGCACCAGACACAAGAAGUGCGACGAGCAGAAGCCGAGAUGCGGCCCGUGUACAAACUCCGACCGCGAGUGCGCCUUUCCCGAUGCCUCGCGCGCUGGCACUCCGGGCUCUGCCAGUGCUUCCGCCAGCACAACAACGGCCUCCAGUUCAUCGCGCAUCCAGAACAUCCUGUGCUCUCCCCAUUCUGCUCCGCCCGGCCCUGUUGCCCCCACGCUGGACUAUGAUGCCACCGAUGGGCCGAGUCCCGAGACGCACAACAUCCUGGACCCCGAGCUGGUCGCCCUGUAUCCAGACACUCGCCCCCAGCCGCCCAUUCCCGGCCUCUACUCCGGCUCCCUGCAGACGCUGCCGUCUGUGCAGUCCUCCGAGACGGUGACGCCUGACGUCAAUGGCGACCAUGCGAGCACCCAAUGGCUGAACCUGCUCGCGACCGAUGCCGCCCAGGCUGGGAAUGGCUUCAGUCUGCCCAGUUCCGCCCGGUCGCGGCUCUCCCGCGGGUCCACCGGCCACUUCCACGAUCACACCAGCACCCCGACGCACCUCUACUCUCCGCACAUCACGGAACGACAGGCCUGGCAGGCUGAUGUGGACAUUGUCUUAUCCAAGCCCGAGGCGGCGCUCUUUCGGAGAUUCACCGAGCGCAUUGCUGCUUCUCUUGACCUGUUCGACCCCCAUAAGCAUUUCUCUCACUAUGCUACCCGGCUUGCCUUGCGCAAUGUCGGUCUCAUGAAAGCCAUCCUCGCACUGUCCGCACGAUACUCAUCACUGUCCACACCUGCCCCCGACGGCUCUGUGACAGAACCCGUUGUCGACCCCAACGAAGCCAUCCAAUUCUACUACGAGACCUUGCACUAUGUCUCGACUGCUCUGCAAUACAACUCCUACAAGCACAGCGAAGAGCUCCUCGCGACCGCCAUCGUAGUAAGCACCUACGAGAUGCUCGACGCCAGCGAGCCCAACUCCAACUGGCAGCGCCACCUCAAAGGCGUCUUCUGGAUCCAGCGCUCCCAAGACGUCAACGGCGCCUCAGGUGGCCUCCGCCAGGCCGUCUGGUGGGCGUGGCUGCGGCAAGACCUCUGGGCUGCCUUUCGCGAGCACCGCCGCUGCUUCAGCUUCUGGCAGCCCAUCGUCGACUACGCAGACCUCAGCGAGGACGACCUCGCCUACCGAUCCGUCUAUCUCCUCAGCCAGGCCGUCAACUACUCCAUCGAACCGCCCCCAGACGCCAACGUAGAAGCCGACGCCGACGUCGACCUCGAGCAGGUCCGGCUACGCACGGAGCGCGGCAACGAACUCAUGAAUAUGCUGGAGCGGUGGAGGAGUUUCUCCAAUGCGGCGUUCAAGACCUUUCCGACAGAGAACCGCGACGAGGUGCAUGGCUGGGCGCCGAUCUGGAUCCAUCCGCCGGCAUUUGGGGUCGCGCUGCAGGUGUACAGCUUUGCAAAGAUCCUUGUCUGUCUGCAUCGGCCCGUCCCGAGCGGGUUUGCAGGGUAUCGCAGUUUUCAAAAAACACUAACCGACGCCGUCGCCACAAUCUGCGGGAUCGCCAUGGAACUCACCGAGCCGGGCUGCCAGAUCAUCUCCGCGCAGUGCUUGUUCGGCGCCGGGCUGUGUGUCCAGGACGGGGCGCAGCAGGAAACGAUCAUCUCGCUAAUCCGGGCUUGUGAGGCGCGUACCGGGUGGCCGAUGGCGACGAUGCAGGAGGACUUGCGCAAGGAGUGGGCGAAGGCUGCGGGGGAGGGCAAGAUGGCGCCAUGA